AUCGACACGCGAGUAAACAAAACAGGAGGCCAUCUUGAAUUUACAACAAAGCACAUUCAAUCGAUCAGUGGUAAAUAACACAGCGAUGCCUGAAGUUCUAAGCAAAGGCAUAAUGGACCAAAGCCAAGAGUUAGCAAAGCUAAAGCCGGUAAUACGAUGUCUGGUAAUGUCGCAUCCAAAUCAUUGCUUGACGUUGACCGAGCUGGAACGAGACUUUCGGAACACGGAAGGCUACCGUAUCCCCUUCGACCGGCUCGGUUACUCGAGCGUUUAUCAUCUGUUGUGCUGCUUAACGGAUACGGUGCAGGUUUACAGUGCCAACGGCCGCACAAUGGUUAAGUACGUUUCCACUCCGGCCGUGGCCCACGUGGAACAAUUGCUGCAGAACACCCGAAGGUCUGGCCAACGAAAGGGGCGCCAGUUGCAUGUGAGUUUCAAAGAAAACAUACAAAAACACUGCUCAGCCACCUUUCGGGUGCCAGAAAUACAAGACGUUAAGAACAAUAACUAUAAUAGUGCGCAAAAACCGAGACCUAGUUCAUCUGGUGGUGCAGGAUGGGUACAAAAUCACAGAAAAGCACAUGUUGCACUGCCAAUGGGAGCUAAAAAUUUGAACGGACACAGCGGUCACGAUAAUCGGUCUCCUAAACAGCCUUCGCAGUCUACGCUGAAGAUAGCUCCUGUAGAGAAGGUGAAAGUAACUCCUGCGAAACCAGUACCAGCUGCGACAAAAGGAUCUAGUGCGAAAGAAGAACCUACUGCGACAAAAGGAACUAUUGCGAAAGAAGAACCCACUGCGCCAAAAGAACCUACUGUGAAAAAAGCAGAACCCGUCACGGCGGUUAUGGAGGAAUCCUGUGAACAUGUCGAUGGCAGCAUUGCUUCAACGAAACCGAGCAGCAGCGUGUGGGAUUGGAUCAACAUGCUGGACAUGCCCUCGGAAGUAAUGGGUCUAUCGCGAACCAUUCCCAAAGUCGACGUGCUCAGUUACUUCGUGGAGCGAGAGAUCACAAACGUACGGGUCCUGCACAUGCUCAAUCCCAACCGGCUGUGGUUGCGUAGCGCCGCCCAGGAGCCGUUGGUCGAAAAGUUGUACGACGAGCUGAACGAAUGCUACAACCAUAUCGCAUCCGAUCGAUGGCGCCUGGAGACGAGUAAGGUGCAGCACGGGCUGUACUGUGCCGUGCUGUAUGAGGAAGUCUGGCAGCGGGGAAGAAUCGUGGGACCACUGAUCGGGUGCCGCGUGAAGGUGCACUUCAUCGAUACGGGCUUGACGGAGCUGGUGGAUUAUAGACAUUUGAAGUUUUUGGCCACCUCGUUCGGCACUGUACCGGCGCAGGCAGUUCGAGCCUCCUUGGCCUGUUUAAUCCCGAAAGGAGGCGUGUGGACGAGGGCAGAGUCCGACAGGCUAACGAGGCUUAUUAAUUUCGUUUCGCAACAACCUGCCUAUAUAAUGUGCAUCAACAAUAAGCUCAAUAUUUUGGACAUUAUUUUGAAACAGUUUAACGGAGCCUGGCUGAAUGAAAAGUUUGCUUCAAUAGUAUCUGCCCAGUGGACCGGGAGUACCUAUCUCUCCAAGAGCAAGGAUGAGUAUCGCAAGAAGAAGCAUACCUACAACGAAAGGUAUCCAAGCUUCUUUUGCAUAGAAGAGGGCCAUUUCCCUGUGAUGGAAGAGAUACGCAACGCACUGGCGCGAGGUUUCGAUUAUGAGGAACUGUAUUCCCGCAUACCCCACGUGCAAAAGAAUGGUAUUGUGGAGCGUAUUACUCGCAAUACCUGCGAACAGAUGGUGCAAAUGUUUGGCAUAAAGGUCGUUUCGGAACAGAAGAAAAAACAGAAUCAAAAAGAAAACAACACCACACAUCAAAACGGUGUCGAAAGUCAUCAGUGAGCUGUAAAACUGUCCUGCAUAUCCCAAUUCGUUCAUAUAUUCUAGCCGACAAGGAUACUUACGCUGACCAGGUUGUUGUAGGAAUCAUCGACCAGCUUGAUGUCAUCAACAGCCAGACGGGUGAUGCAGUUGUAACGGUACUCCUCUAUGCUGACCAGACCGUCGUUGUUGAUGUCCAUCAUCUUGUAGUGGGCAUCAAUGAAGGCCUUCAUCGCCUACAGAACGAUGUAUAACGGAAAAAAGGGCGAUACAGUGAACACAUUCAGAUGUAAAAGAUAAGUAGCAGCAGUAGUAUCGUAGUUUUUUUUAUUAAGAGAACUCAUAGAGAGAUAGAUAACGAAUGGCAAAGCCAUUGACCUAUGACGUGCACAUCUAUUUUGAAAAAGGACUAAAUUUCAUAGCGAUCACGAACUGUUUCUAACUGUGACAUUUUUGUAAAAUUUGAAUUAUUUUACUAGGUUAUCAGGACAUUGCAUUCUACACUUUAAAGUGACAUUUUUCCAUUACUCUUAUUACGCUUUGAAAUAGAGCAGACAUUUCUUACUAAUUAGCAUUACGCAGGCAUGGCCGUCUAACGUAAGUGAGUUAUUUAGCAGCGAGUUAUGAAAGUCUUAGACGAUUUAUUUACUUUUUAUGUAUUCUUUACACUGAAAUAUCCUGCCCGACAGAAUAUUCAAUGAGCUGACUGUGCUUGCACAUAAAAUGAAAAUGCAGAUACGACCGUUGACCGAAAUAAUGAGAGCAUUUUAGGUGGUAAAAUAAAUUUGUCAAAGCCUUUAAUAUCUACAAA